AUGAAGAUCAACCCCUUCGCAAAGAAGCGAAACAACAACCAGCGUUCCCAGUACGGUGUCGUUUCAUCGGCACCAACCUCAAACACGAAGAAGCUAUGGAGACUGCCUCACGUAUUCGCCCAAACGCUUGAGCUUCCUUUGCCCUCAGACGCCGACGUUUCGUACGAGGAAACGCCGCAGUUUCUUCGCUUCGUUGCUUCGUGUAACCAGAUAAACAUGUUCAACGCCAGCGCUAGCGGCGUUCGAGCUCACGCCAUCGAGAUUCUUCCAGGUAUAACCAAAAUCGUGAUCAAGAGAAUGGACGGCGGUGAUGUCACGCUGGCGUGUCAGCAGCUGCAUCAUCGUUUAGGCGUUGAUCUCUGGCGGUUCCGUCUUCCGUCGUGGGCUCAGCCGGAGAUGGUCACCGCCGUUUGCAGCGGCGGGAAGCUGGUGGUGACGGUGCCCAAGAGCAGAGAGAACUGA